AUGGCACCCUCCCUUCCCAUUGCCAUGGUCCUCCUUGCAUGGUCUACCUCUAUCUUGUUCUGUGGAACCUAUUUGGAUCCUGCAACUCCAUUUGUGAGAGCAUCUGAACCAUCAGCACUACAACUAGAAGCAAAGGCUUUGCUGAAGAGUGGGUGGUGGAAAAGCGCCAACACCAACAAUGUCUCAAGUGGUUGCAAGUGGCCUGGUAUUACUUGCAAUGCUGGUGGAAGCGUCACAGAGAUUAGAGUUGCUUACUAUUUGGGAGAGAUGUCAAAACUCAACCUCUCUUUCUUUCCAAAUUUAGUCCGCCUUGAUCUUCACAAAGCUGGACUUCAGGGGAGUAUCUCAGUUGAGAUAGGUACUCUAUCGAAACUCACCUACCUUGAUCUGUCCCAUAAUAAUUUGAAAGGUGAGUUGCCUCUUUCGCUCACAAACCUUGCCCAAUUAGUGGUGUUUAACGUUUCUUAUAAUCAAAUCACUGGACCAAUCCCUGCUUCUCUUUCGCUUUUAAUCCAUCUCUCCCAUUUUGUUUUGUAUACCAAUCAAAUCAAUGGUUUCAUACCAUUAGAAAUAGAAAAGCUGAGCAAUUUGUCCAUAUUAGACCUAGGUGGUAACAUGCUCACUGGUCCAAUCCCUUCCACUUUGGGUAAUUUAACUAAUUUGAAAUAUUUGUAUCUUGAUUCCAAUCAAAUCAAUGAUUCCAUUCCCCCAGAAAUAGGAAACCUGAAGAAUUUGAUUUACUUGUUACUCACGAAUAAUAGCCUUAAUGGUCAAAUCCCUUCAACUAUAGGUCAUUUAACCAAUUUGAAAGGAUUGAAUCUAGAUUCCAAUCAAAUCAAUGGUCAAAUCCCAUCAACUAUAGGUCACUUAACCAAUUUGGAAUAUUUGUCUCUUUAUUCCAAUCAAAUCAAUGGUCAAAUCCCUUCAACUAUAGGUCACUUAACCAAUUUGGAAGAUUUGUUUCUUUAUUCCAAUCAAAUCAAUGGUUCCAUUCCUCGUGAAAUCGGAAACCUGAAGAAUUUGAUUUACUUGGACCUCAGCAAUAAUAGUCUCAAUGGUCAAAUCCCUUCAACUAUAGGUCAUUCGACUAAUUUGUCAUAUUUGUCCCUUAGUCAAAAUCAAAUUAAGGGUUCCAUCCCAAUAGAAAUAGGGAACUUGAAGAGUUUGUCCUUUCUGAAUCUUGCUCAUAACAAUCUAAUUGGUCAUAUCCCCACUCAAAUCGGCAACCUUCAUUCAUUGAAUUCUCUUAACCUUAGUCAUAACUUUAUCAGUGGAGAACCACCUGUUGAACUUGGGACUAUUGACAAGUUACUGUUCUUGGAUAUCAGCUACAAUAAUCUUACCGGCAAUGUUCCCAAUAGUUACAUUUCCAUUAAAAGCGUCAACUUGUCAUACAAUUAUUUGACAGGUCCGGUUCCAACAGGGUUUGAUCGGAACCAUACACGCCACACAUUAAUUGGCAACAAAUAUUUGUGCGGUGACACCAUGGGUUUCCCUCCUUGUAAGAACUCAAUUGUAACAAAAGUGAAAAUUUUCGUUGCAAUCGCCAUUCCCCUUGGAUUCUUAGUUCUUGGGGGCUUUCUCAUGUGUCGAUGCAUGGUCAAGGAAACCCAAUUUGAGUCAAUAGAAACAAAGAAUGGAAAUUUGUUCUCGAUAUGGAAUUAUGAUGGACAAAUUGCAUAUGAAGACAUCAUUGAAGCAACCGAGGAUUUUGAUCUAAAAUAUUGUAUUGGAACUGGUGGUUACGGUAGCGUUUACAAAGCAAAAUUGCCUGGUGGAAAAGUGAUUGCCUUGAAGAGACUUCAUCGGCUGGAGGCUGAGAACCCGACUUUUGAUAUGAGUUUUAGAAAUGAGGUAAAAGUGUUAACAGAGAUUCGUCAUCGAAACAUCAUAAAACUUCAUGGAUUUUGUUUGCAUAAGCGAUGCAUGUUUUUGGUUUACGAGUACAUGGAAAGGGGAAGCCUAUUUUGUAUUUUAAAUAGCGAUGUUGAAGCUAUGGAAUUGGAUUGGAGCAAGAGAGUAAACAUCAUCAAAGGCACUGCCCACGCUUUAUCUUACCUGCAUCAUGAUUGCAUUCCAGCAAUUGUUCAUCGAGAUAUAACAAGCAACAAUAUUCUAUUGAACAAUAAACUAGAGGCUUUUGUCUCUGACUUUGGCACAGCUAAGCUUCUUGAUCCUGAUUCGUCCAAUCAAACGUUAGUUGCCGGCACUUACGGUUACAUUGCCCCAGAGUUGGCCUAUACCAUGAAAGUUACUGAAAAGUGCGAUGUUUAUAGCUUUGGAGUUGUGGCACUUGAAAUAUUAAUGGGAAUACAUCCAACAGAAUUUAUGACUUCAUUAUCCUCAACUUCUUCUCAGAAUAUGAUGUUACAUGAAAUAUUAGACCAACGUUUGCCACCUCCCAAUCAUCUGGUUGCACAAGAUAUUUUCCUCAUUGCUACAAUAGCAUUUGCAUGCAUACACACCAAACCAAAGUCUCGGCCUACAAUGCAAUGCGUGACUCAAGAAUUUCUUUCUCCAAUGAAAUCAAUAGCCAAGCCUUUACAUGCAGUUUCACUAAGGCAGCUAAGGAACCAAGAAAUGCAUAUGGUUGCAUGCAUGAGGGAAUGA